CACGUGCGCCCACUCCCCGCAAGCCACAACGCCUUCGUCAGAGUCGCCCGAGCAGCUGCGUUCACCAAUCCUCUAGCGUGCCGGCGUUGAAUUGCUUCGAAGCUCGCGGCUAGUUCUAUGUGUCCUCCAUCUUUCUAAGAAGCUAAGAUGAACUCGAUCACCUAUCUGGACUCGCUGCUGUCGCGGUCACUCCAAGGGUCACCCAGGCAUUCCAGACGACCAAGCAGUAGCGGAAGCGGAGCUGGCGAUGGCAAGAUUGCUUCCCAGGGCUUCAGCGAAUCUUCCGAGCGAAGGAGAAGCCGAAGGACUGCGAGUUCAGGGACAGCUGCGGCCGCAUCGAGCAUAGACGACAAGGAGCGUAUUGAAGUGCUUCAAGAAGCCCUAGGAAGCCAGUCCGGCAAAGUCACUCGUAGAGCUAGCGACUACUCUCUUCGCAGGGGCGAAAAGGAACGCCGGAAAGCUGCCCUUGCUCUAGGACUUGGGCUCACGCCAGCCCGUCCAAACGAGUGCGCCGGACCUGACCGAGGCGCUUCGUCGCCCUCCCCAGCCACUGAGGCAGUGGCUGAGACUCCAGCAGCCAAUUACCUAUCUUCAGCAGUCGGCAGCGAGAAAGCUCGAGAAGCGUCGUCCCGAAACGCUCGGCAGUCGGCAUCGGAAGGCGCGUACAGCAGGCGCUCUUUGGACGAUGGUGGGCGACCAGCGCUGCCUCGGCGCUCGUUCAGGCCUGCAGGCCCGACUCGAUGGGCGACCUUGUGGGGCUUGCCUAUCAGUGGAUGGCUCACUUCCGCCUCACGUGGUGCUGAAGAUGGUCGCAGACCAAGCCGAUCGGCAGACAGACGCUCAGAUGAAGAAGGCAAGGACGAUCUUAAUUCCCAACGCGGCUUGGCCAGAAGGGCUAGCAGUGGCUCGUUGCAUCUCGGACGAUGGCGAGCUGAGCUUGAAAUGGAGGCUGAGCUGCGUGCCGACGCUUUCGCUGGUCUCGGCCUCAGCGAAGCGGAAGCAGAGGAUGUUGUGGACUUCGAAGGCGGCGAGCCCGAGUCGGACGACGACGCACCAACUGCACCUCCAGUCACCCCUGCUACGGGCGCGCUUUCGCCGUCAUCGUCAUACCAGCCGCAGAGAUCCCGUAGGGUAUCCUCACAGAGCUCCGCAGGCCAAGGACCUCGCCGAGAAGGCAGCGAGUCUGCCCGCUUAGCCUCGUUCCUUUUUGGGGCAUUGGCAAGUCGAGUGGACGACUACUUCGGUCCGCAGCCGUCACAGCCACUGGCGCGCCAAUCGCCGGCCGUCACUCCAUCUGGCGCUCCAACCUCUUCGCCACCUCGCGUGCGCCGAGUCAAACAAGAUGCAUCAGUCUCUAACCUCGUUCCUGUUCCUCCAUCCUUCGAGCAUUCUGCUGCUUCUCGUGAGCUCAAUUCAGAGGUCAAGAAAGCAACCGCCAAUGGUCAGCCUCCCGGACCGGACGAGCCUGCUCUGGUAGACACCAAUGCUUUGACUGAAGCUGGGUCUCCUGACGACCCAAAAGUCCUGCCGAUCCCCUCAUACUCGGAAGCCGAGAAAGACGCUCACAUGAGUGGUGUCAUCGGGGCUGGUCCUGUCCACUCUGCAGAAGAAGCGUCAGCAGCGGAUGUCGGCCCCACUGAGCCUUUGGAUCCACCACCCCCUUACACUGCACCUGUGGAGUCCUCGUCUCCUCCAAUCGCGACCCGCCCACUCUCUACCCUGCGGCGAGGAUUCGGCGCUUUAAGGCGGGCGCUCAACGCCCUGAGACGAGCUCUCAUUGCCUUGUUACUGCUGCCUUAUCAUGUACUUCGACACGGCUGGAUGCGCAUUCGACGUCAAAGACGCGACAUUGGCACGGAUGGGACCGCCGCUAGCCUCGUGCCCGUACUGGAUUAUGAGCCCAGCAGGAGAAGCAUCUGCGCGCACCGUCGUCAUCUGUCGCUGCUGGCAAGCAGCGGGUCAAGGAUGACGAAUCGGGAGCGCGGCCGCCAACCCCGGGUGUCAAGACUCGUAGCGGACAGCGUCGUUCUAGUCGAUCUUCAUCGUCAUCCGCUAGCGAGGACAGCUCGAGUGGCGAUGAGCCAGUCACCGAGGACCAAGCCGCCGAAAAAGCUGCUAGAAGAGCUGAGAGGCUUGCCAGGCGCGUAGCCGUGGCUGCUGAGGAGGAGAGGUCGUUGGCGCUCGCCAAGGCAGCCUCAGUCAAUGAGCAGCAUGCGCCGCCAGGCACAA